AUGACCGGCGUCUGGUGCCUCGCCAGCCUCCUGCUGCUCUCCGUCUAUACAACUCCAGUCACCUCCAACAUCACCACUGAAGCCCCGCCAAUAUGUGGAAGCCCAGUCAUCUCCAAACGGAUCGUUGGUGGCACAGAUGCAAGUGAAGGAGCAUGGCCCUGGCAAAUCAGUCUCCGGUACCAAGGUUCCCACAUCUGUGGCGGUUCCUUGAUUUCCAACCAGUGGGUGCUCUGCGCCGCACACUGCUUUGCACAGUCUACAAAUCCCUCCGACUACAAGGUCGUCCUCGGCGAGUACCAGCUGGACACCACCAGUCCUCACCAGGUUGAGUCCACUGUACAAAGUAUUAUUGUGAAUGCCCAGUACAACGGAGCUGGCAGCUCUGGGGACAUCUCCUUGAUUAGACUGUCCAGUCCUGUUACUUAUACUGAGUACAUCCUGCCAGUCUGUGUGCCAGCCGCAUCCAUGAGCUUCCCUGGUGGCACCAACUGCUGGGUUACUGGAUGGGGCAAUACAGGAUUUGAUGUUAAUCUUCCGUACCCGCAGACUCUGCAGCAGGUCACGGUGCCUCUAAUCAGCACCAGUGCCUGUGAUGCCAUGUACCACAUCGAUUCCAUCAUUGGUGCCAGCCAAGAGAUCAUUCCAAGUGACCAGAUCUGUGCAGGAUACCAGGCUGGGAAGAAGGACUCCUGCCAGGGUGACUCCGGGGGACCCCUGGUCUGUAAAAUAAAUGGAUUUUGGUAUCAAGCUGGUAUCGUAAGUUGGGGACAUGAAUGCGCCCUGCCCAACAGGCCUGGAGUUUAUACGUACGUCCCUUAUUACCACGACUGGAUCUACUCACAUGGAGCAACGCGUUUCGUGUCAUCAUCCUCCAUAUUUACUGCAUCAGCAUUACUACUGGUCAUCUGCCUAUUGCUAGCCGCCCGUCCAUCUGGUCACACCUCGGCCCUCAUCCUCACUGCUGACCUCUCCACGUGCGGGUCACCUGUAGUCACCACCAGGAUAGUUGGCGGAACAGAUGCUGUGGACGGAGAAUGGCCAUGGCAAGUCAGCGUGCACUACCAGGGAAGCCAUAUUUGUGGGGGGUCCCUCAUCUCCACCCAGUGGGUGCUGAGUGCGGCCCACUGCUUUGAAAACUCCGUUUCGGCGGCGGAUUAUCAGGUUUACUUGGGUUUCCAUCGCCUUUGGGUGAAGCCUCCGCCUCAGGCUGUUAUUUCUGGGGUCCACACCCUGAUUGUCAGCGCUGAAUAUAAGGGGAUGGGCAGCAGGGGGGACAUCGCCCUCCUGAGGCUGUCCGCCCCCAUCUCCCCCUCCCCGUACAUCCUGCCCGUCUGCCUGCCCUCCGCCUCCGUCACCUUCCCCUGCGGCCUGGAGUGCUGGGUGACCGGCUGGGGCCACACGGCCUUCCACGGAGAUCGUCCUUCUAACGGGACCCUGCAGAAGGUCAGGACACCACUGAUUGACCAUGAGACAUGCGACACUUUGUAUCAUAUCUGGUCCCUCGACUACUCCACCAUCGUCCAGGAGGACAAAAUAUGCGCUGGUUUUGUGAAAGGGCAGAAAGACUCCUGCCAGGGAGACUCCGGAGGACCCCUGGUGUGUAAAGUCGAUGGUGUCUGGUAUCAGGCUGGCAUUGUAAGCUGGGGAGAAGGCUGUGCUUAUCCAUUUCGCCCAGGGGUCUACACCCUAGUUCCAGCCUAUGAGCAGUGGAUCAGAACAUUUGUGGAUGUGAACUUUACCGAUGUGACAGACAUGGCUGACCCCCCUUUACCGUGUGCAGACGGCCUGGACAAUAUAGAAUCUCUUGAGAGUAAAGGAAACAUUGGAGGAGAACAUCAUGAUCCCAACCAACCAAAUGUCCGAGCUGGGAAGAAGCUGAGACUGGGAACCAUGGCCGCCGACUGCUGUGCCACACAGUGCAGUUACCAUGGAGACCCUGGGCCAGAAGAUCCAGAUGACGAUCACCAGUAUGGCGAAGGAACGCAGGAGCUGGUCACCGCGGUGACGAGGACAUGA